AUGUCAUAUACAGUUGCAAAACGCGUAUUUUAAAAAACCAAAAAAUCUUUUCUUUCAUUGGUAAUUAAUUAGGUAACAAAAUCAUGGAUAGAAAGUCUAGAGAUCAAAGAUAUUCUUCAAAGCGAAGACGGUCUCGAUCUCGUAGCAACGAGCGUCGAGAAAGAGUGAAAAUAAGAAAAAUAUCACCGACUCCUUCAACUAGUGCUAAUAUAAUUGAAGAAACAGACGAUUUUAGUUUCUUAAACUAUAAACGAAACUUAAAUAAAAUCAUACUGUACAGUAACGAUACAAAUACUGUUGCAAAUAGUAUUGAUGACUUUUGGAUUUUUGUUAAAAAGUAUGAAGCUACUCUGAGAAAAGCUGGAAAGCCAAUCAUACCUAAAGAAACUCAUGAUGUUAACACAAACAAUACUGAAAUACAGCAUUUAUUUUCAAAAACCGAUUGUAUUAAUUUUAAAGUAAAAAUAAAAUUUAUGGAGACAGUGUAUGAUGAUAGGAGCAAAAGAAGAUUAGACGAAAGGAAAUUCAAUGUUUUCCUAAACAUUAUUUCUAUAUAUAUAGAUUUUAAAAACAAAGAAAGGUUUGAGAAACUUAAAAAAUUGAGAAAAGCACAAAAAGAAUUGCCUGUUUUUAAAUAUAGGGAUGAAAUAGUAUCGGCUGUGAAGAAUGAAAAAGUAGUUGUUGUGGCUGGUGACACCGGUUGUGGAAAGUCUACCCAGGUUCCCCAAUAUCUACAUGAAGCUGGUUUUCAAAAUAUUGCUUGCACACAACCAAGAAGAAUAGCAUGUAUAUCAUUAUCCAAACGUGUUGCAUUUGAAAUGCUUUCGCAAUUCGAGACGAAAGUUGGGUACCAAAUACGGUUUGAAAAGAGCAAAACUGGUGAUACACAUAUUUGCUUCAUUACUGAAGGACUGCUAUUGAGACAAAUGUCUUCAGAAAAUUUGCCCAAUUAUGACGUCAUUAUACUAGAUGAAAUUCAUGAAAGGCAUUUAAUGGGUGACUUUUUGUUGGGGGUGUUAAAAUGCCUUAUUCACACUCGGAGUGAUAUUAAACUUGUUUUGAUGUCAGCAACAAUCAACAUACAAUUGUUUGAAGAUUAUUUUAGUGCGGAAUCUGCUGUUGUUAUUCAAGUGCCUGGUAGGCUGUUUCCCAUAGAGCUGCAAUAUAAGCCAGUAUUAAUUGAUGAGAAGCCAACAAGAGACGAUCGACUGGAUCCACAACCUUACGUGCAGAUUAUGAGCUUGAUUGAUAAUAAGUACCCAAGUGAUGAAAGAGGUGACCUCUUAAUAUUCAUGUCUGGAGUUCAAGAGAUAACGGCUAUUUGUGAUGCUGCACAGCAAUAUGCCGAGAAGAACAAGAGCUGGAUUAUACUUCCGCUACAUAGUGGCCUCUCAUUGGUUGAACAGGAUAAAGUAUUCGACUAUCCACCAGAGGGCGUUAGGAAGUGUAUCAUAUCAACAAACAUAGCUGAGACAUCGGUUACUAUAGAUGGCAUAAGAUUCGUCGUAGAUUCGGGGAAGGUAAAAGAAAUGAGCUACGACGCAUCUACAAAGAUGCAGAGGCUCAAAGAGUUUUGGAUAUCGAAAGCAAGCGCUGAUCAGAGGAAGGGCAGAGCGGGAAGAACUGGCCCCGGAGUAUGCUACCGCAUAUACUCCGAACAGCAGUACACAGAUAUGGAUGCCUUCAGCACUCCAGAAGUGUCCAGGGUUCCACUAGCCUCAUUGUUAUUGCUCAUGAGCUCUCUUGGCGUGAACGAUGUCAGACGAUUCCCCUUUAUAGAUGCCCCACCGGAAGAUGCCAUUGAGGAAGCGCUGCUGGAGUUGAAACAGCAUGGCGCCUUGACGUCAAAUGAGAAGCUAACCGCACUUGGCAAGGCGUUAGCCAACCUGCCGGUAGAAGUGUCUCUGGCGAAGGCCCUGGUGGUGGGAAGUGCGACGUUACCACCACAUAAGUUGGAUUCUGCAUUGGCCUUAUCCGCGGCUUUGGGUAUUCGGUCAAUUUAUACCACGCGAGCGCAUAGAGAUUUUGAAUGUGAGAAUGCCAGAAAGCCAGAUGAAUCAGAUCACGGCGACCCCAUAACCCUCGUAUCUCUGUACUGUGCGUGGUUGAAGGAGAAGGGUAAGGGAGGGGGGAGGGCCUGGUGUAGACGACGCGGUAUAGAGGAACAGAGACUGUAUGAGCUGACGAAAUUGGCUGCGCAAUUGAAGACCUUAUUGCAGGACAAUAAUUUGAUGGAAGCUCCCGAAGCAGAAUCGAUGUCCUCAGCGGAGCGAGCUUUACGACACGGCCAAAUGAAACAGCUGAAAGAUAUGAGAAGACAGUACAAACAAAAAGCGGCGGAAGAAUCGAAAAAGCGGAAACGUUUGAAAGUCGACUCUUGGGAGAUAAUUGAUGAUAAGGGUGAUGACGACAACACAAUGGACAUUCGAGAUAUCGAGUUCAGACUGACGAACGACGCCAGCAGGAUACAGGCGCUCAUAAGUGGCGCCAGCACAUCCAGUGGCAGGGACCUGGUCAUGUUGAAGAUGGUGUUGUGUCGCGCGUUAUAUCCUCAAAUCGCGGUUACGGACGACUUCAACCAUUGCAAGACGGUAUCAGACCAGCUGUACCACACGUGGAGUAAACCCUUCGUGUUUUUACACCCCACGUCGUAUUUUGGGAAACACCCCCGCACCCUGCAAUUGACCGAAAGUGACAUACAAACGGACGGUCCACCGGGGUAUAAGAGUAAACUACCGUUGUCGUCGAGGCAUCAGAUUCUGUGCUAUUUAUCGCUUUUGGAAACGACCAAACCGUAUAUAGUGAAUUCUAUGAGGAUGCCCGCUGCUCAGACAUUGCUCCUUCUAGCACAUUCUAUCGAUACUAACUACGGAUUUACAAGGUUAAUAUGUGAUUCGUGGCUCCUACUAGAAUUUCCAUAUCCAGAGACUGGAUUGAAUUUGUUGUUCAGGGCUUCGUGUUUGCGGCAACGUUGGGACGCACUUAUAAAUAGAAGGCUUUUAGACGCAAAUCCAAAUAAAUCAGUGGAGAGUGAACUAGAGAAAAACAAAUCUAAAUUGCCUUACGAUGAAUUGCAAUACGAGCUAUCUAAAGACAUGAGUGCAUAUAUGAAUAGUGAUGUAUAUUACACGAUAAAAAGAUUGUUGCCUGCCGAUUUGAAGAUUUUAUACUCUGGCGAUGAAUGCUCUAGUGUUGAGCCUAACCCGUUUUGUAGCGGGUACGAAGCGAGACCACACGAGAAAAAGGGUGGCGUGUAUGUGACGGACAAUAUUGUUUUUAAUUGUGUAGUGGAUUCAGAUUGGAGUUACAAUAGCUAUCAAGAAACAUAUGCCAUACCGUGGAAAUGUCCGAACUGCGAAAUUACUGUAUGUUUAUCGCCUUUGGAAAAACUACAGCAUAAAGAGUUCACUUGUUCUUCUAGAAAGGUCGAGAAGGAAGAGAAACCACCGCCAAAGGAAAAUAGACCUAAUACCAAGGAGUUUAAGUGCGAAGUUUGCAAAGAAACGUUGUAUAUGACGCCGGUGGAAAUAUUAAGGCAUAAGAAGAGUUGUAAAUAA